GCAGAGCAACUACGUACGUUUUGUCUACCGGCACCGAUACGCUGCUGCAGCUGGCUUACAGUCACUGUUCACCCUGUUCACAUCAUUGGCGUACGUUGCAACCAUGCUACAGUGGUCAGCCGAUCGGUUGGAAGGGGCCCGGGGACAAACCGCGAGUGGCGCAGACGGAACAAACCUGUGGAUCGCUGCCAGCGGGCCCGCCGUCAGCUGCCGCGCACGCAGCCUUUCCCCUCUCCUUUUCCUUUUCCCCGGCGACUAUGGGUUUGGGCCGGGCACGGGACGACGACGCCGUUCACCAAACCACACAACCCCGCGCACGCGCUCGCGGCCAGCCAGGUCGCACUCCCGCACAGCAACACCAGGCCAGAGCGCUAGCUUCCUCCUCCGGCCCUCCCCCAGCCGUCAGUCAGUCGCCGCCCCUUUUGCGGGAACGCUCUGCGAAGCAGGCGCCCUCUCCUCCCCUCCGUCCCUCCUCUUCUCCUCUCCCUCCCUUUUUAUACCACGUCGCCGGUCCGUCCCAAAGCUUCUCCUCUUUCCGCGCCUGCCACUCGUCCCUCCUGGAUCAGUGAGUCCCGGAGUGAAAGAUCCGGCCCUUUUUAGCUGCUUGUGGUGGCGGUAGUUGGUUUCUGGGGAGUUGCACCACCGGCAAGGGGAGCAGGAGGAGAACCGGAAGGGGAGCUGCUGCUGCCGCGAUGGACUCCGGCAACAGCGGGAGCCUCCAGUCGUCUAGCGGCGGCGACGACGAGUUCGACUCGCGGGGCGGGGGCGGAGGAGGAGGGGGCGCCGACUCAUCCCCGCUCUCCGCGUUGCUCCGCCCGUCGCCGUCCCCCUCGGCCGCCGCGUUCUCGCUCCACGGCAACUACUUCGGCCUCCAGGAGUUCACGUCCGCGCCGCCUCCGCAGCAGCAGCAGCAGCAGCAGCAGCAGGCGGGUGCAUGGUCGGGGUCGUUCGCCGGCGCUUCGGGUCUUCCCUCGUCGUCCUCGCCGCGAGUCGCGCACGCCGACGCGGGCGCGGGCGCGGGCGCGCGCCCGCAGGGCGCUGACGCGGCCGUGGCGGCAGCGCAGGGGCAGGGGGCCGGGAUGGGCGCGCCCGCGCCGGCGCAGCCGCCGAGGGGUUCGCGGAAGCGGACGCGCGCGUCGCGGCGGGCACCCACGACGGUGCUCACCACCGACACCUCCAACUUCCGCGCCAUGGUGCAGGAGUUCACCGGCAUCCCGUCCCCGCCCUUCGGCGCGGGCGUCGGGGUCGGCCUCGGGGGCCCCACCGUGUCGCUCCGCACCCGCUUCGACCACAUCUUCCCCCCGCCGUCCUCCCUGCGCUCCGGCGCCGCCGCCGCGGACGCCGCUGCGUCACUGCCGCCGUACCUCCUCCGCCCCUUCCCACACAAGCUCCCGACCGCGCCCUCCGCUUUCCCGCCCUUCACGACGUCGUCGUCGUCGUCGUCCACGCCGUCCUCGUCCAACAUCGGCACCGCCAAUGCCAAUGCGGCGACGGGCGCGGGCACCACCGCGGCGGCGUCCUCCAACCCUGCCGCCCCGACAGCGGCGGCCGGAGCGGGCGACGCCUUCCAGCAGCUGACGUCCUCGGCGCUUCUCAGGCUGCAGCAGGACGCCAGCAGCUACCUCUCCUUUCAGAACCUCCUCGACUCGCAAACCUCGUCGCAGUCCAUUUUUGGCGCGGCAGGCGGGUUCGCGCAGCCGUCGCGGCUGCACGAUCCGACGCCGUCGCCGUCGGAUUUUCUUGCCGGCGUCGGCUCCAGCAGCCACGGCCUCGCCCACGGCGGGCUUCUGGGCUCCGAGGGGCUGCACUUGCACCACUCAAGGAGCGACGUCCACGGCCACGGCGGCGACGAGCUAUCGGGCGUGGUCGCGGCCGGCGCGUCGGGCGGCAGCUGCAAGCUGAACUACUCGUCCCACACCGGCGCGGCCACCUCGUCAUCAGCUGCGGCCAGCGCUGACAAGCCACCGGACGGCGGCGCCGGUGCGCGCGGCCGGCCCGGGCGAGGCGACGGCCUUGACCCGUGGAUUUGUACAUCGGAGUAGGGAUGCAUGCCGCCGACCAUGCACCGGAGCGUCCACCCUGUGAGCUGCUAUGGCUACGGUGAGACGAACCAAGCCGAAUCCGCCAUGCAUGACAAACAAAUGUCUGAUUAGCCUUUUUAGCCUUACACCUUUUGUUACUUGUUAUUAAUCACUUCUUUCCUGAGGCAGUUAUUCGUAGCCCCUUUGUACAUUAAAAACCUCAUCACCAUCUUGCCUCGGCUCGAUCUCACUAGAUUCUUCAAUCAAUCGCACGCGAUUUAGACGUGCGAAUGAAAUAGUGUCUCAUGCUAA